AGUCUGAUAACUCACUAGACUCUCAGUUUGUAUCGUCUCAGUCACAAGCAAACACUGCACAGCAGGAUUCAGGAAAAGAAGGAGUUGGAAAGUCACAUGACGAAUUUGAGACUGUUAAUGAUGAUGCCACUCACCAAAAGCAUCAAGAUGUGGAAAAAGUCUUUGAAAAGGUUGGGAUAUCAGAUGAAACUUUGAAAUCCGAGCCCCUGCACAAGAUUGUAAAUCCUGACGAUGCAAAUAGGAACAGGGCAGUCAGUGGGACAGAUACUGAAGUUGGUGUUUCUAACUUGGGUCAUGUAAACGCAGCCAUGAGUCAUGUUAUCCCUGAAGAGCAAGCUUCUACUCAUGCUUCUGCUUCGCUGCAGGGAGAUAUUCUUAUUGAUAUCAAUGACCGGUUUCCUCGUGACUUCCUUUCUGAAAUAUUUUCACAGGCAAUCUCAGAGGAUACAUCCGCUGUCCAUCCAUAUCCUCACGAUGGAGCUACUGUUAGCAUGAAUGUGCAGAAUCACGAUCGUAAAAAUUGGUCAUAUUUUCAGCAGCUGGCUGAUGAACAGUUUAGCCAAAGAGAUGUUGCAAUUGACCAAGCUGAUUCUCGCAUUCCAUCUGACCGUAAAGAUGGUGGAGAGAGCUCCAGAUUGCCUCAUGUCUCGCCAUUGAGUAGAGAUGGUAUUUCAACAAACCUUUCAAGGAAAGAAUGUGACACACUUUAG